AAACCAUCGAAGAACCAAAGCCCAUCGGCUGCCAUGACCAUCAUGACACCGUCAGCAGCGCUCCUUUGAAAGGCAAAAAUGACGGAAGCAGAAGCAGUGGUGGUCGGGGUGCGCGUUCGGCCGUUCCAAGAGCGAGAGAUUCAGAACAACUCCAUGCUAUGUAUCAGCAUGAGUCAAAAGUCCACAUCCAUUUUUGACAGCGCGGGGAAAGACACGAUGUUUACCUUCGACGAAUCCUUCUGGAGUCAUGACGGAUAUGAAGAUGAUGGCACUGGAUAUCUCAGGCCCAAGCGCGGAAGCAACUACGUGGACCAGAAGUAUGUGUUCAACACCUUUGGCAAACGGGUCUUGGACAACGCCUGGAACGGCUAUCACUGCUGCCUCUUCGCUUAUGGUCAAACAGGUUCUGGCAAGAGCUACUCGAUGGUUGGCUACGGCAACAACAAGGGCAUCGUUCCCAUCUCCUGUGAAGAGAUCUUCCGGAGGAUUGCCAACGACGAUAGUGGGAACAGUUAUGAGGUGCUGGUGUCUGCCAUUGAGAUCUACAAUGAAGCCGUACAGGACCUGCUGAUUCCAGUGGAGCAGCGCCCCCGGAAGGGCUUCGAGAUCCGCGAGUCCAAGAUUCUAGGUGUUUACAUCGAUGGCAUUACGAAGAGGCCGGUGGAGUCCUACAAGGCGAUUCACGACACCAUUGAGGAAGCAACAACACAUCGGACGGUGGGUUCCACAUUGAUGAAUGCUACAUCCAGUAGGGCGCACACCGUCCUGAUCAUCGAAUUCAAGACUGUGACAUCAUGCUCGACUCGAGUCUCCAUGAUCAACUUGGUGGAUCUCGCGGGCAGCGAGAAGGUGAAGCAGACAGGGGCGGAGGGAGAACGCAUGAAGGAAGGUGCCAUGAUCAACAAGUCCUUGAGCACCUUGGGCAAUUGUAUCGAAAAGCUGGCGGAGAAGUCCACGAAUCCAAAGAAGGCGGUCCUUGUUCCAUAUCGUGAGUCCAAGCUCACCCGACUGCUGCAGAAUGCACUAGGCGGUUCGAGUAAGACCAUCAUGAUUUGUGCUUUGUCACCCGCUUCCUCGAACUACGAAGAGACCUUGUCCACCCUGCGCUACGCCGACCGAGCGAAGAAGAUCAAAAACAAGGCGGUGGUCAACGAGAACCCUCAGGAGAAGCUCAUGCGGGAGCUCUUGGAUGAGAACCAGAAACUGAAAGAGAUGAUUCAAUCGCUCGGUGCGGGGCGCGUGGAUGCUCGUACCUUUGAAGAUCUGGGCCGCAAGCAGCGAGAGAUCGCAGAGGCUGAAGCCGCCCUCAAGGACAUGCAGAAGACCUUCCAAGAAAAGCUGGAAGAGGACCGGCAGAGACAGGGUGAACUGCGGAGACGAGGCACGGUGGUGAAUCCCAUGGUUCCAAUGAUUGUGAACUUGAACCAAGAUCCACAGUUGCAGGGACGUGUCAAGCACUACUUCCCUGCGGGAAAGACGCUGAUUGGGUGCAACAAGCAGGAUGAAUCCGAGUCGGAGUCGGAGGCCAGCGAUCUGGACAGGGACAGCGACGAGGAGUCCGAUGAUCUGCCUGUGCCGGACAUCAACAUGCUGGGACGUGGGAUGCAGAGGCUCCACGCCUCGGUGGAGAACGCCUCCGACGGGCGCUGCAUCCUCCGCGCGCUCAACGGCGAAGCGGCCCAGGCGACCUGCCUCAACGGGAUGACACUGGAUCGGAUGUUGGAGAUGGAUGCGAAGAAGUGCCCCCGCACUCGGGUGGAUGACGGCUUCGUGCUGGUGCACGCUGACCGGUUGAUCUUUGGCCCCUGCUACUUUGUCUUCGUGCAACCCAACAUUUGCAGUGCAGAGGUGCUCAUUGCUUCAGGAGAAGCUGAUUUCACCACGGCGCAGAUGGAGGAGAUGCGCGAGAAGAGGUCAGCAACAGAGAAGCGGAUUCGGCAGAGCCUCUACUCACCCUGCAUGGUCCUGCCAGGCUUGGAAGAUGCUCAACAUUUCGAGCAAAUGCAGGAGAUGCAGAAGGAGUUGGAACAGGUGAAGCGAACAUUGCAGCUGAAGGAGCAGGUUCUAAGAGCGAAAGAGGACGAAGUGGAAGAGUUGCGACGGGAGCUGGCCCUGCUGCGGAAUCCAGGAGAGCGACUGGAUGAGAUGCUCUAUGCAGGGCACAGCAAGGUCUCGUUGGCCAUCGACAACACCUUCGAGGAAGCCUUGGCACAGCUGAGUGCUGUGGAGGCCAUGUUAACGUCAUGCGCCCCUCGGGGCGACAGUCCAAAGAAGAAGUCCCUGACUAGUUGAGCAGGCAUUUUUUCUCGGAAUGAUGUUAAUGGCGAAGAAAGCCAAGAAGUGAAGCAAA